AUCAUUAUUUAUUGAGAGGCUACAACAGCUCUAGGAAAACUAGAUUUGCGCUCUCACACCAAAAAUGUUAUACCAUUUUACGUGCCAUAAAUCAGAAAGUCACCAUCUAAACUGCCGGAACCAUUCAGUAGCAGCACAGCAGCAGUACAUCGGACCGGACCGGACCGGACCAGACUGCCCCGCCUUGCCCGGACCGGAAGUCUUCAUUCGAGCUGAAUGAGUAAUUUCACUGUGCUGUGGAUACGCGCACGUUGCUAAGAUUCAGAAUGAGCAAUCCAAAAGCACCCAGUGACAGAACUUAUGAACUUAUUGACUGCAAGGUUUGUAAUAUAAAGAUUCAGAAUGAGACGACUUACAAAAUACACUUGACAACACCUCAACACUUGAAGAAAGAGGAUUCUCUUGUUGCAUGUGGUAAGAUCCCAAAGCUACCCAGAGUGACACAGUGGGAGAACCUGAAUGAGUACCUUGAUUAUCUCCGACUUGAUGAGCCUUUCAUUGGUUUGCAGCAUGUCAUUGAGGUUGACCCUCUGAAGUAUCUGUGCAGACUGUGUUUCUAUGAGGCAGAUAUGCCCAGCAUUGUGUUGCACCUUGUUGGGCGAAAACACAGACAAAAAUACUUGGAAACCAGUCGCCCUGAUUUGGUAGUCUGGGAUGUAAACACUCCUUCACAACUUGGGAAAACCAUCAAAGCACAAGCAGAAAUUGUUGAACGUCAGGAAGGAAGGGGGAUUAUUGAGCUAACGAAGAAGAAGAAUAUUGCUCCAGUGGACCAGAAAGGAAAAGGCUUCCUUAAAGCGUGGCAGGGGAAAAUAAGAAAAUCGCGAUGGGAUACACCAGGAGACUCGUCUGAACCAGUUGGGAAUUUUCUUGAUCAGCUGAAAGCCCUUACAGGAAAUGUAUUGAGUUCUAAUCCAGCUUCCAGAACUGAAUUUUCAAGAGGUGGAAGGUACCCGGAAGAUGACUCGCGUGGAAGGUACCCGGAAGAUGACUCGCGUGGAAGGUACCCGGAAGAUGACUCGCGUGGAAGGUACCCGGGUGAUAACUCGCGUGGAAGGUACCCGGAAGAUGACUCGCGUGGAAGGUACCCGGAAGAUGACUCGCGUGGAAGGUACCCGGAAGAUGACUCGCGUGGAAGGUACCCGGAAGAUGACUCGCGUGGAAGGUACCCGGAAGAUGACUCGCGUGGAAGGUACCCGGAAGAUGACUCGCGUGGAAGGUACCCGGAAGAUGACUCGCGUGGAAGGUACCCGGAAGAUGACUCGCGUGGAAGGUACCCGGAAGAUGACUCGCGUGGAAGGUACCCGGAAGAUGACUCGCGUGGAAGGUACCCGGAAGAUGACUCGCGUGGAAGGUACCCGGAAGAUGACUCGCGUGGAAGGUACCCGGGUGAUAACUUGCGUGGGAGGUACCCGGAAGAUGACUUGCGUGGAAGGUAUCCAGAAGAUGACUCGCGUGGAAGACACCCGAAAGAUGACUUCAGUGGAAGGUACCCGGGUGAUAACUUGCGUGGGAGGUACCCGGAAGAUGACUUGCGUGGAAGGUACCCGAAAGAUGACUUGCGUGGAAGUUACGUGAAAGAGGAUUUGCAUGGAAGUUUUUCUUCUGGAGAUGGCCUAGGUAGAAGAUUUCUCAAAGACGGCUUCAGUGGAGACAGCACUGGAAAAAGGCAGCUGGAAGAUGACCCGGAUAGGAGAAGAAUUCCUGAAGGUGGACUAGGAAGAAAUAAAAUGUUUGAAAAUCUCCCGGAAGUAAAAAUCCGUGACUAUGAUUCAGGCAGGAAACUGUAUGAUGAUGAUGAUGGUCAAGGAAGGAUUCCUCAUGAUGUACCAGAGAGACAGCUGGUUGAAGGCGAUCGUGAAAGGAGAGACUCUGCCGGUGGUUGGGGCAGACCCUUGACUCAGUCUGGUGCAGGAGAGAGACAUUUUGAAGGAGGUGUAGGAGGCAGGAAGCUGCCCGCUGUUUAUCAUGCAGAUAAAACGGCUUCAAGACUUCAUGGGGACAGACCUCAUGGAGGCUAUCCUGAAAACCGUCCUAGUGCAGGAUUCUCUGAGGAGCGUGCUAGGGGAAGAUUUCCUGAUGGAGGUCUGAGCCGAGGGUCCAACGCAGACAGUCUGGUUAGAAGCUAUCCUGAAGAUCCUUCAACUGGAGCAUUUCCUGCUGAUGGUCGAACUGAAAGAACAGACUUUGAGACAUUCUCCAACAAGAGAUUAAGAAUGGAUCCCAUGGUUCCAAAGCAGGAUGAUUAUCUACAAGAUGGCUACAGUAGAGCACAAACGGUUGUAAAUCCAGGUGACUUUUUGAACUCAAUGGGAAGCAUUGAAAUGCAAAGUCCAGAAGAAGCCACAUUUCUAAGAGAGAAGCUUUGUGAUAUUUUGAAGGAAUUUCAAGCGAAAAAAGCGCAAGGAGAGACUCUUAAUCCAGUUGUUCCACAGCCAACAAUUUUUAAAGAUUAUAACCACAUGAAAAUGGAUACUGGUAUGCCUGGUAGAGAUGGUUAUCAAGCUGGUGGAGGUGAUUUUGGGAGUGACCCGAAGCCUGCUGGAAGGCGGUCCUCAGAUAGGUCGUUGUAUCCCCUUCCUGCAGAAAGGUGGCCUUCUGACCGACCCCAAUAUCCACUCUCUUCCCAAGGGCGAGACCCUCCGAAUGCAGGAAGAUUCUCUGAUGGGCCUGUUUACCAUCCCCCUUCCUCUCUAGGGGCUUUCCCCUUUCCUGGAGCAUCCUCCACAUACCAGUCAUCUGGUGAUAAAGCGGGAUAUGCAACAGAGAGGGAAAGAUUGAGUGAAGCCCCUCUGCACUCCUUCAACAGGGGAGGGCCAGCAGAUCGAGGAGCCCCCACCUCUUCAGAUAAACUCACAGCCACUCUCCUGCAGGUCUUUUCACGUGGAUUUAAAUAAAAAUGAAAAUUGCAUCUAAUAUUUCAAGUAAUAUGAUUUUUCACUUUCAUUUUUUUUAAUGAAACUGAUUUUCUGCAAUGUACUAUUUUAUUUUUAAUCUUUAAAAAAAAACAAAAAAAAAAACAACUGAAUUCAAUUUUAAAGCCUUUUGUAGAGGCGUAAUGUUGAUUUAAGGUAUACAUUAGAUAAUAGUAAACAUUGUCCAUAGUUUAGUAAGCAGUUGUUUAUGUGAAACCUGUACUGAAGAUAGUUUAUGGUUUAUUGUGUGUGUGUUUUACUUUAGUGUUGUCACUGAUUGUUGUUUUUAUUGUUGCGGAUUUACUACACUGUGGUGAAAUACAGCCUGUAUUGAAGUUUUAUUUAAAGUCUUUAAAUAAUUUAGUAAACCUU